UAGUGCAGACAAAACGAACAGGCCUAUUAUAUCGUCAGUACGAGGGGUUUGUUUUCUAUUGCUGAACUGGCUGUACUAACUUACACUCGUCAUCUUCUCUCCCUUUCACUAACUCCUAAAUGUAUAUCUAUUUCUUUUCAUGUUCCCUGAGUGUACACUAGUUCAGCGAUAAAAAACAGACCUAAGGAGUCCAAUUCCAACCUCAAUGAGGCUGGAAAGUGCGAAGUAAAAUGUUUGAGCCACAUAAUUGUCUCUAGUCCUCCGCGCCAAUUGUUUACCGUGGCAAGAUUCUGAGCUUGCCGCGAGUCACAUCGGGUGAUCGACUUGCGUGAGCUCCAAAUCGAGCGCGGUCGAGGAUUCACGCACGCGAGGUGACGAAAGUGACGUAUAGAAUUGUAAUGAUUGAAAGCUCGAUCGGGAGCAGCGAGCUCACAGUCGCCAGUCUUUAGAUAUGAACAGCAAUGGAGGGACGUCCGUGGCUGGCGAAGAGUGCAAAGCAAGUGCUCCCAUGGAUAGCAAACCAAUCGUCACUUGUGCUGGAGAUGAAAAUCUGUUUUCUACAUUGGAAAAGAGUUUACUACAAGCUAUACCUGCAGACACAGUAGAAUGGCGUAGAUCAUUUAGCAGGCCAAUUAAACAAGUUAAACUUGGAGCUACCUUUGUGCCAUUUUCUAGGGAUAUAUUGCCCACUGAAAAAGAUUGGCACCUUAUAAAGCAACCAAUCUUUCAUAUUUAUUGGAGUGAAUGCUCCGAUGUUGAUACUUAUAAAGCUAGUGUCAGAGAUGAUAUUGAUGCCUGGUUAAAAAUACUGAAUUCAUACCACAUCCAAGAUUGGAUGAUUGUGCUAGUGGAGACAUAUGACAUAAAGAAGGCCAAUAAAUUAUUGCCUAGGACUACUGUCUUAGAUAAAAUACGGAGUGACUUUGCUGCCAAGAAUGGAGAUAGAUGCUUUGCUGUAAUUAAUCCAAUUAAAUCUGAAUCUCGUUCGGCUGAAUCAUGGAGAGGCUUGAUAACCCGCAUUCGUCAUUUGAUGUUAACUGCGUACGAUAGAACUCUUUCGCGCUUUGAAGAUAUUAUACGCGAGCAGAGAGAAAGGCGAAACAAUCCUAGUUGGAAUUUCUGUCAUUAUUUUCUUCUACAGGAAGAAUUGGCGUUCGCGUUGCAAAUGUUAGGCCUGUAUGACGAAGCAUUGGUGCAGUAUGACGAACUAGAUGCUCUCUUUACACAAUUUGUGCUCAAUUCUAAUGUAGGAGGCAAACUGUUUGUAGAUACUCCAGGCUGGUUAAGCCUCUUUCAAAUUCCUCUCAACAACUGGGGAGGUGUAAAUCUAAACAAUGGUACAAAUCAUCAUUUAAGGUUUCUCUUGGCAGAGUGUAGAGCAUCUUUAUUAGAUCUUAGGAGCUAUUUGUUUAGUAGACAAUGUGCCAUGCUACUGUUGCUUAAUCAAUCUUGGGAGGUUGCACAGAGAUGUUUGUCAUUUGUUCAUAAUACAUUGAGUGAACUCAAGAUCUUAGAAGUACAGAAACCCGAAGGAUCCAUAGAAUGUUGGUCAUUCCUCUGUGCAUUGGAAGUUUUGCAAGCGUGUCAAUUGUCCUCCUAUAAUAUCGAUAACAAUCAACAGUUGGAUUUAUGCUCUUUACAUACCGCUAGUUUGUGGGCACUUGCAAGAGAUAAGUUAGGAAGCUUAGGGAGAUUAUGCGGCCUAAUGCCAGGAAGCGAACCAACUAGUGAGCAGUUACAUACAGUUGUAUACCUUAUAGCGGGUAUAGGCGAUUCAGAGCCACAAGUAAAGGGUAAAUUAACACCCACCGACAAAUUGAAGGAGGCGCUCUCAUCCAAAGAAGCGUUCAAGAAACAAUACCUUGAGCAUGCGGAGUUAGCCAUGGGCACGUACAAACACGUCGGUCGCAUUCGAUCGGCUAGAUUAAUCGGCAAGGAAUUGGCGCGUUUCUAUAGCGAACUUAGUGAAAAUCAGAAGGCGAUUGCGUUUUUGUCCGAUGCCUUGAAAACUUACAUGGACGAAGGGUGGAAUCACUUGGCGGCGCAGACGCAACUUGAACUAGCCGAGUGUUACAAACGGAUGGACGAUGUCGAGAAGUAUACUAAAGUGUGUGCCGCAGUAGCUAGUACAAACGUUUUGCAUAUAACCGUGCGCAACACAUACUUUGAGGAAAUGUUAGGAUACAUGAAAAUGAUCUCUGCACCUCAGCCGUUACUCACAGAGCUUGGAUGUGCUUUCACAAUACUCAGUAUGGAAGUUAAGGUAAUGGACAAAGUGGUGCAAGACUGUGUUGUUAGUGUUGAAAUUAGUGUACAGAGCUCAUUUCCUCGAGAAGUAAGAUGCACUAGUGCCGCGAUUUCCGUAGAAGAAAUACAAAAGCCAUCUAUACCUAAUAAAAAGAAAGGGUUGAAAGCAUCCAUUGAGCCUUCAGUACAACUCUUAUCGAAAUGCACGUUAGAAGAUAUGAAGCCACUCGAUCCGAGUUUGUUACACUUGCAAGUAUAUUGUUAUUUGGAUUACAAGGAGGACAGAAGUCUUGGAUCCGCCAGUGUUAUAAGUAAAAAUAUGAAGCCGUUUGUAAGACGUUCAGAUAGCGCGAAACAUAGGAAACCGUCGGUCAAUGCAAAGGGCGAUUUUAGUAAAGCGCUUUCGUGUGAUGAGUUUAUUAUGAAACCUGGUGCGAACACGUUCGUGCUAGUGAGGCGAAUAAAUCAGCCGGGUUUGUACAAAGUUAGUCAGUUGUCGAUGAUAAUAGAAGGCAAGUUGGAGUUUUUAUCAUCCGUGUUAAAUCCACGAUUAUGCUACGAAGUGGCAAAGACACAACCGACAAUAUCUAUAAAUUGCGGGAGAGAUUUACUAGCAGGUCUCAGUCAGGACAUCGAAUUGGUCAUCUCAAGUGGAAGUACAAAGAUAACUGAAGAAAUGAAAUUGAAACUACGUACAUCACGUGGAUUGACAGUGCAAUCGCAAAGUGUCGAGAAAGGAAUGGUAAAGGAAUUAGAGAUACCACUGCUAAAUUGUGAACCAUUUCAAACAUUAAACAUGCAGCUAAAAGUUUUAGCUGAACUUCCACCAAAGAAGGAUUCUUCGUCUAUGGAACAUAAAUUGAAUAUACAAUGUCCAUGGGGCUCGGAAGAAAGCAUAUCUUUACAUUUUGGCCCACCAUUAAUGUCGAGCAUGAAACUCCAUACGGCGAAACAAAGGAAAUUCGUUCAAAUAGUCGUAAUUGGCUUAACAAAUCAGCUUUUGCAGUUAACUGAACCUGAAUUAACGACCAUUACAUCAAUAGACAUUAAUUUCAAAAGCUUAAAUCCUGUCGCCGGUCAAAAAUUAGUGAUAGGUAAUGGGAUGAAUGUUUCCUUCAUGUGGGAACUCGAUAUUGGAAAGGACGAGAAAUCUACGAUACCAAUAAAGACUGACUUUCGUGUAAAAUAUAUACCAAUUAGUGAUACUGAAAAGUUAAACGAUACAUACGUCGACGACGAUCCACUGCAUAUACAUAAUUUAAAGAAAAUCGAGAAAACGUGUAGCAUUUACAGAUGCAAUUUUGAUAUUACAGAUUAUGUGACUUUGUUCACGGUAUCCUCGAAAGUUGAAGCGGGUGGUGGUGGAGGAGAAUUUUGUCGCGCUGGUAGUAUGUGCCAUCUCUGUCUUACGGUGAUGCGUGUGUUACCUAGUCUUAGUUCGAAUCCUCCACCACAAUUAAUGUACGAGGUUCUAGCGGACCAAACUAUGUGGGCAGUGUGUGGCCGGACUGCAGGCAUUGUAUCAUUAGAAAUAUUAGAGAAACAAAGCGUUACUCUAGAUGUGAUGCCUCUGACAAGUGGUUAUUUGCCUCUUCCCGUUGUUAGAUUGUCUCGAUAUAUACCCGCAGCAGAGUCGAAAAACGAUGUCGUCCGUAAUAAAAAUGAUGUAGGAUCUGGUCCUCGAUUAGAACCAUUUAGUCCAGGACAAGUGUAUAAUGCCAGUAAAGCACAACAAGUGCAUGUUCUCCCAGCUGCUCCAUCAGAAUCGAAUUAAAGGUGUAUAGAUUGUUGUUAAAAACAUCUUUUACGCAAUGGCAAAUUCGCGAAUGGCCUUAUUUAGAAAUUGUUUUCGAAAGGAUUUGAGUUGUUUCUAUGUCAAAAUGAGCGAAUGUAUAAAAUAUUUCAUCUCUGAAUUUACAUAAAAGAUAAAAGAUAAAUUACAUUAAUCAAUAUAAAAUGUCUGGAAUGAACAAAUCAAUAUGGAAAAUGUAGAAAAGCUAUAUGUGAAAGUUAUCUUUAAUUUUUUACUGUAUUAAAGCUAUGCAUUUUUUAGGAAAUUUGGAUUUUGCAAUUAAUAGCUGAAAUAAUUUUAAUUUUGUAAAGAUUUUUAUUCAGAAAUCGCAUUCUUUGUAACUAAACAUAGGUUUAUAUUGGUUGAGAAGGUAUCUGUCUAUGAUAUUUCUAAUUGUAUUUUGUAUUUCAACAAUAAUUUUGUCAAAAAUUAAUGUAUGUUAUUGCAAUAACGUAAUCUAUAAUAAUCCUAGACAGCACAAAACCUUCAAAAGACGUCCUAAGGGUGUACUGGGAACGUUUUUAGGACGUUAGGACGUCCUUAGGACGACCUUUGGAGAUCUGUGCUAACUGGGAUCAUAUAAAAAAAAAGAUACUGGAAGAUACCUUAUUUCCUAAUAAUUCUAUUUUACAUAUGGAAUAUAAACAUUAGAAAAGUUUAUUUUACUCUUGCUCCAAAAUAUGUACUUAUAUAUUUUUUUGUUGCAUUAUAUACGUGACAUCAUAAAUAA